CACCAAUCAGUAAACGGCAAACAUCUGUCAGAAUCCAUUCACCAGAAUGAAGAAGAAGCUCAUCAUUGAUGUGGAUGCUGGGGUGGAUGAUGCUGUUGCCAUUAUGAUAGCCCUCUCCAUGCCUGAUGUGGAAGUUUUGGGGAUCACCUGCUGCAAUGGCAACACAUCUGUUGAAAAUGUCCUCAAGAAUGUCCUGCGUGUCCUCAAAAUCUGCAACAGGCUGGAUAUUCCAGUGUAUCGGGGCUGCUCAAAGCCUCUGGUGGCCCGGACAAUACAUGCAAGUGAUUACUUUGGGACAGACGGGUUUGGGGACGUUCCAGAUCCACAUGCCCCAAGCCUGGAUCUGGUGCAGAAGAAGAAAGCCGAACAGGCCAUUAUCGACUUUGUGAACGAGAACCCUGGAGAGGUGAUGCUUGUAUCUACCGCCCCCCUCACUAACCUGGCUGUCACAGUGCAACUGGACCCUACGUUGUCUAAAAAGCUGAAGGCGCUCUUCAUCAUGGGAGGAAAUACUGAAUCCAGGGGUAACACCACAAUGUGUGGAGAGUUUAAUUUUGUAGCAGACCCUGAGGCAGCUUACAUUGUGUUGGACCGCUACACCUGCCCCACCUACAUCGCCACCUGGGAGUUCACCUGCAGGAACAGCCUGCCAUGGUCUUUCUGUGACACCUGGUUUGCCAAUCAUACAGAAAAAUCAGAGUUUGUGAGAAGGAUUUCAGCCAUUUCAAGGAAGAAAGCUCAAUCACCUGAAUUUCGAGAUACAAACCCCUUAGGAUGUGAGUUUGAUCUCUGUGAUGCCUACGCCAUGGCUGCUGCUGUCAAUGCUGACAUUGAUGCUGACAUCAAUAACUUCAUAACUGAGAGUGUUGAGGUUGCAGUGACAGUGGAGUUGGAGGGGACCUACACCCGAGGCAUGAUGGUGCUGGACUACAUGCAUAAACUGAAGAAAGAACACACGGUCUUUAUCAUGAAGAAAGUUGACUUGGAAAUGUUCCAGGAAAUGUUGAUCAAUGCAGUCAAGUAGACUGACUCUGUGCACACUGAACACCUGAGUUUGGUUCAUCAUUACAAAUAAAAAGUGAUUUUUUUGCAAUGAUCCUUUUGUGUUCCAGUAUGACAAACCAUACACAACAUUCAUUAACAAUGUUGUGCAUGGUUUGUCCAGCUGUCAAAGGCAAUUGGCCUGCUGAUUGCUACAUUUAUGUCCAUAUAUGAAAAUCCAACAUUGUUGCAUUACCUCUGUGACAGACAAAACAAAACAAAAUUCUCAAUAUUUCUGAAGGUUUCUCUUAUCUUAGGCCAUUUAAUGAGCUCUUUAAUUCUUAGUAGGUUCUUAGUAGGAUGUCUUUGUUUUAUUUUCAUGUAAUAAUUGCUUGAUUGGAGCAGCGCAAUUCUAAAAGGCAAUUUCACAGGGUUCAGUUAUUCUAACUUAUUCUAAUUUACAGCUUUAUAGCCUGUAGUGUUUGAGAAUACUUUUUUGCUGUAGACUAGCUGAGGUCUGGGGCUGUGGGUGGGAGAAAUUCAGUGGACUGUCUGUAAUUGUUAACUUGUAAAGCUGUUUUGUGUGUCUAUGAUUUAUCAUUUUAUAUUCAUGUCAGUAGGACCCCUUCAAAAAAUCUUAAGGAGCUAUACUUUCAAUAAAUUGUAAUCAGUAUCAAUUUAGCAGCCUCACACAUACUCAGGUAUUUUGUCAUAAAUACAACUAUUCUGUGACAUUUCCUAACUUCAGAGCAUUUCUAGCAGUUUCUGGGGAGAUGUGCAGUGAGGUCUUCAUGUUGUAUAAAGCUUGACUGCAAAAUCAAGAAAAAAUCAAUCAAUAAAAGGUAAUUAUCAUCAA